GAUAAGCGCUGAUAAUGGCGUCAGUCACAGUACGUGGCUUCGCUCUCUGCACCACGUCUUUGCUAAACUUUGCGUUUGUUUUCAUAUCCGGUGCAGACUUAAUUCGGUUUGUCUCGUUUCGAGCCAUUUACCACAACAUCACGGGGGAGACGACACUCUGUCAAGACUCCAUUCCAUGGACAGUGGCUCUGCGGGAUGGCUCUGUCCUGGGGGCGCUUGCUGUGGAUCUGGGGUUGCUGGCCCUCUUCAUCGUGCAGCACAGUCUGCUGGCCUGGCUGCCUGUAAAACAGGCACUGCAGUCAGUGCUGGGGUCCCUCAACAGGACGGCAUACAGCUUCACCACGGCACUCGCUCUGCAGAUCUUGAUGCGUUACUGGCAGCCAGUGACUAAUGCCCCCUGUCUGUGGUCAGUGCGUCAGGCACCCUGGAGUGUCUGGUUCCCCCUGCUCUGCUUCUCGCUGCACUUCCUCUGCUGGGCCAUCAUCUGCAGCAUCCUCAUGAUCUUUGACUACCCAGAACUACUGGGCAUCAAGCAGGUGUAUUAUGACUGUCUCGGAUUGGGGGAUCCCCUCUCUCACAAGUCACCCCGCGCCCAGCGCCUCCUGUCCCACCUGCGCCACCCGGUGUGCCUGGAGCUGGUCGUGGUGCUGUGGCUUCUGCCGGCCUUAUCCCUGGACAGGCUCCUGCUGGCGGGGGCACUGUCGGCCUACCUGGCCCUGGCGCACUCUCUGGACAAACAGGAUUUAGCUUACCUCUGCAUGCAGCUGAACAGCAAGAUGCAGCGCUUUGCACAGCCACAUGGAGGCAGCGCCGAAGCCACGGCUGACCAGGACGAUGACGGCCACAAGAAGAAGUGAAGUCGAGGUCCGUGAUCUCAAUCUGUCCUCUUAUGAGCUAGAAAUAUUAGUUUAAAACUGACUACAAAAGAGUUUCUGUAGGCCUCCAGAGCCUGAUCUCUGCUGAUUUUGUCAUUUUGAAUGUAUUUCAUUACAGUUUAUUUCAUCAUGUGGACACACAUACACCUCCCCUGCUGAUAGACAGGAGUCUUUUCAAAACAGCUAAUUUUAAUGUAAUUAGGAUGAAAGAUAUUUGUUUCAAAAUGCAUUUAUGCAUUUUAUACAGAAUAUUUUUUUUUACUAAACUGAAUUGUUUUACUGUAAAGUGUUUUUCACAGACUGUUACAGCUCAGGUGCCACGUGUCUUAACACUGUGUUUCUCAGUUUAGAUUGAAUUUUCCUUUGGAAAACAAAGUCUCACUGAGAUUUCACACUGACUUUAUUUUCUGCUCGUGACAAUGAAUGAAUGUAUCCUCUUCAUGCUUCUCUUUAACACUGAUGUCAGACCGAUUGUUUAAGACGUGAAGCUUGAAUGCAUUGAAGAAACUAAGUUGGUGUUUCAUGACUCUUUACGUUUAUCAUGCUUGAUAAAUACGUUGUUAUUAAGGCAGCCAAUAUUAGUAUUAGUUAAUUCUCAGAGUACUGGAAUGUCUUAUUCGAUAUGUUCUGUACACUAAUAUUUUCACGUUUGCCUUAUGUAAUGACAAUGACAGCUUUCAGUAUU